CAUUCAUUCACAUAACACACAGCUCAUUCCGCCUCUGUCUGAUUUUAGGAAGAAAUUCAAUAGACCCAAAAACCCAAAAUGCCACCUCUCUGGAGAAGAUGAGUUUUUUUUCCCUUUCUUAUAGAACAAAUUCAAGAACUUUAAUGGGUGGGUAUAUACAGUGAAAAGGUGAAUAUAAUCAGCUAUGAAAGGAGGCGUCUUUUCGCCGCCUGGUGAUUACAUCUACUUCAAGUCUCAAGUUCCUCUUCACAAGAUCCCUAUUGGAUCAAAGCAGUGGCGAUAUUAUGAUUUUGGCCCGAAAGUAGUCCCCCCACUCAUUUGCCUCCCUGGCAUAGCUGGAACCGCUGAUGUAUAUUACAAACAGAUAAUGUCAUUAUCUAUGAAGGGUUAUCGUAUAAUUUCAGUGGAUAUUCCGCGUGCAUGGAACAACCACGAGUGGAUUCAAGCAUUUGAGAAGUUUCUAGAUGCUAUUGAUGUUCAUCAUAUUCAUCUCUAUGGAACAGCCCUUGGAGGCUUCUUAGCACAACUUUUUGCUCAGCAUCGUCCCCGGCGUGUUAGGUCCUUGGUACUUUCAAAUACAUUUGUGGAGACUACUAAUUUCUCAGCUUCAAUGCCAUGGGCUCCUAUUGUUGGUUGGGCUCCUUCUUUUAUACUGAAACGGCAUGUGCUAAGUGGAAUUCGUGAUAGUCCCCAGGAACCCUUUAUUGCAGACUCUGUAGAUUUUGUUGUUUCUCAGGUUGAGACACUCUCGAGAGAAGACUUGGCAUCCAGAUUGACAUUAACAGCUGAUGCUGCAUCAGUUGGACCCCUUCUUCUUCCUGAUUCUUCCAUCACUUUAAUGGAUACAAAUGACUAUUGUGCAAUCCCUCAAUCGCUCAAAGAUCAAGUGUGUGAAAGGUAUCCUGGCGCGAGAAGGGCAUACUUGAAAAGUGGUGGUGAUUUUCCAUUUCUAUCAAGGCCUGAUGAAGUGAAUCUUCAUCUUCAGCUGCACCUGAGACAUGUUGGUGUUGAAGCUCGACCUGACUUGAUCCCCGGUGUUCCAAAGGAUGGUAGUGGUGGAAGUUCCAAUGAGCCAAAAAACAGAAGAAAGGAGGAUGCUGAUGAUUCAUCAGAAAAUGAUAAAAGAGACUCGGAAACUCCUUCUACUGCAGAAAGUGCAGAUCCCCCCUUGACUCCAGAAGCUACCGGUUCUCAUGAUUUAGAUAACCAACUCCUUAAGAUGGCCAAACUCUCCAACGACACAGGUGAUUCUGUCACACCUCCUUUACAAAAUGCAUUUUUCCGCGACAAGCAGAACUUACUAGUCUCGAGAGCUCUUCUAAAUGUCACAUGUGAGUUUUUUAUUCUUAAUAUGCUUUCCCUUUACUUAGGGAACUGUACAUUAACUGGAAAUGUAGCUGCAAUGUAGACACUUGAUGGGAGAGAAGUUAUGUUCUUCAAUUUCUUUUUGUAUAUUGUGGGUUGGAAAAGUGUCAUUGCAAUGACACUAUGAAAUUGAAGACUCUUGUGUUGGGAGAUCUUUGUGAGAUGAUUAUAUAUCAUGUUGCAGUUUCAAA